AACACUCUUCUGGUCGAGAUACAAUGUCAGAUAAAUCACCAGAUGACCCAAUUAGGGGAUUGAUGUUCUGUAGUCAGUUAUUGGCCAGUGCAUGAGAAGGCACCUCUCACUGUGUGACACGUUGUCAAUAACACUGGGCUGUACACUAUCAGUUACCUUUUCAUCGACCAUUUUAGAAAGGUGAAGAUGGCGUACAUUUUGGGGCUGGUCGUUCUGCUCGGGAUGCUUGCUGGCAUUGAUUGCGAGGUGAUAUAUUCGCCGAAUGAGUACUGGUCCUUUGAUUGCCGCCGCUAUUCUAGCAGCUGUUCCUUCGGCGGUGCUUGUAGCUCUAUCACUGGUAACUGCUCCUGUAACGCCGGCCGUACGGGGCACGACUGUCGGCUAGCCAGUAUCCCGGAGUCGAGUUUCGCCCCUCAGUGCCUCAGCGUUGCUUGUUCUGUGGUAGGAGGCAGCUGUUAUCGGCCUAAUGGGCAGUCUGCCGUGGAGGAAAUUUGCUACUGCAAUCCAAGCUGGACAGGACAUGACUGCUCUAUACGCCGAGCUAAGCUGGUUUGCUCCAACGAUGACAUGGUGAUUCAGCUAUAUCCUCAGCAUAGCUUGUCGUCAUCGUUCACUGGGAAAUUGGCUGUGCAAGACCCGGAUACAGGGGAUAUAUUGAGUCACCCUAUGUGCACUUCGGACAUCACAGCAUCUAACGGAAUCCCAGAAUGGGACGGACUUCGAUUCCAGAAGAAUCUAUCGUUGUUGCCAGCUGGACCAUGUUAUAGUGCCAAACGAGAAGUCAUCACUGAAUCUGGCAUGAGACACUGCUAUACGAUACGCUUGAUGUAUACCCAAGGCUUAAUAACAUCUUCUGACGAAGUUUACCAAUACUGCUGCUCAGAAGUUAGCGAAGUAUCUGAUUCCGUACAAGUCCAAAAUGGGGGAGGUAACCCACAAAUGCUGAACGUCACGAGAAUGGUUCAGCCUUUGAUCCGAGAAGUGCGCUGGACUACAACUAACACUAUCAUUGCGCAGGGCGAACAGAUCACAGUGGGCGAUCCGAUCUCCUUCGUGUACCGCAUAAACACAACUGUCACAAAUAACAAAGAUUUUCGCUUGGAUUCUUGCUACGCCAGACCUGGGAAUUUGCCUGGAGGAUUUCCCAUAAUCAUGAACAGGUGUCGUACACAAGACGCGCUGCCAAUCGUAUCCAACGUACGUCGUGAGACUCUGUCCACAGGAGUGGAGAUUCACGUCGACGUGGUUGCCUUCAGACUUGAGUUAUCCACCUUUGUGAACGUCACCUGCGAAUAUACGCUCUGUCCGGAAACAUGUGGAGGGGUUUCAUUAUGUUCCGGGACAAACGUGUUUAACUACGGCAGGCGCAGGCGUGAGGUGAAUACAACAGUGGAGGCGGAGGUUCCCGUGGAUCAGGAAGACGAGAAAGGAGUGGUGUACAUGGUAUAUGUUACAGGGGAGAGAAUGCAGACUUGUCGUCAAGCGAAGGUUAACGAGAGCGAAAAAGUGUGUGACUUCUACGGGAUAUUCAUACCCGUUGUUGUUGUUCUGGCAGUCUUGCUGCUUUUCUGCCUGGUUGUCUCGGUGUUCCUGUGUAAGAAGUUUGCGUCUCUGCAUAGGCGAACCAGCUGUGCCAUCACUCCUGGGUCAUGAGAGAAGCUUCACAGAAUUGCAGCUGUUAAUACAAGGGUUGUCUUCAAUCCCCGAAACAUCUUCAGCUUACAUUCCUAAGUUCGUUCCCUUUUAACCAAGAGAUAAACUGGUUUAGUAGGUUAGAGGUUUUUUUUUUUGCAGAAAAUUCGCUUCUUGGUAACUAAUUCAUUGAGCAGAUGUGCCUUUCACUUAAACUUCCGCUUAGUCUACACGAUUUCAGGAUUCUUGUGUUACAUAUUGAUAUACGUAUUGUUUAUAUAGUUGAUGCUGGCACUUUUUACCAGUUUGAAUAAGUAUAUUUCCAGUCGUGUACAAAACCCGGUGACUACCAUUCAGCUGGUUACUUUAUUGCAGUUAAAGUCGAAAAGGUUGUAUUGCGGAAUGCAACACGUUACAUGUGAUUGUAAUUUAAACUAUGGAAUUUGUAUUGAAUGGUUUGAGCAACUUGUUUUUCAACAUACCUUUAACGGUUACAUCUAUUACCACAUUUUGGAAUACGAUUUUUUCUAUAAACCAAAUUCUUACAAUUGUUAUUUAUGCAAUAAUUCUGUCAAGCAAAGUCUUAAAUUAAGUGUAGUGCUUACAUUGGUAUUGAAUGAAUGCCGAAGCCUUAAACUGAUGACAUUAAACAUAAGUGACGUAAAAGUCCUGCCCUAGUCUAAAAUGGAAAACAUGAAAAUCAAGUAAGCGUCGCCACUAAAAACUCUCUUAGUUUUUUUCCCUCACUAAAUCUUAUGCACCCAUGUGUGUGAACUGUAAAGCGAGCUAUGUAAAUUAUAUUCGUAGUGUAAUUUUUUUUAUUUCUUUCUGUUCAGUUCUGGUAAGGCCAAUCUUACAAUCCAAAGUGGAAAUAUUUUUUUCAAAUAACAUUUACCAUUUUGUACAAAUUCUUAGCUCAUUCUUACGCUAAUUUUUUUUAUUUCUUUCUGUUCAGUUCUGGUAAGGCCAAUCUUACAAUCCAAAGUGGAAAUAUUUUUUCAAAUACAAUUUACCAUUUUGUACAAAUUCUUAGCUCAUUCUUACGCUAAUUUUUUUUAUUUCUUUCUGUUCAUUUCUGGUUAAAGGUCAAUCUUACAAUCCAAAGUGGAAAUAUUUUUUCAAAUACAAUUUACCAUUUUUCUGCUAAUUCUUAGCUCAUUUUUACGUUCUUCUUUAAUUUUAGUAUGCUCAUUGUUCUGUCCUGCCGUCAGGUUCCAGUGAUUCUUUUAUCGAUUGUCAUCAGUUAAAUGGUUAUUACUCCCAAUGACCGUGAAUGUGCUUAGUUUGGUGGCCAGUGCCAACAACUCCAUGGAUAUAUUACAUGACCUUCGAAAGUGCGAUGGUGCCGUGGGCCAAGAGAGUGAAGGGAGGUAGUGCGCAUGCUUGCUGUAAUAUUCCUACUGCACAGUGUAUUCUGUGUAGAAUAAAUGCAAAACGCAUGAAUACAUGAAAGUGAUAGGUAAGACAUGCUCAAGGUCAGAUAAUAUUUUGAAUCGUUUAAUCCGAUGUUUCCCGACUACCAUUAAUUUUCUUUGAAACAGAUCCUGUAAGGGUUAUAGUCAAUCACUGACUUCAGAACAGUAACAGAACAUUAUAUAAACAAAUAAUAUUGUUUUAAUAAAACCAAUAAUUUAAGGAAACGGUGUAAAACAAAAAUGACAUUUUAAACCCUGAUUUGAACAGCCGCACUUUUUCGUUCAAUCUUACUCUGAUCCCAAAGAUAGGCAAUUUCUGUUCAUGAAUGAAAUGGUGUGUUGUAAUUUGUGUAUAUUUUGAAAUGUGCUAUCUGGUUAACUAAGGCUGAAUGUAAGUCUUAUUUAUAGUUCCAAACUUAAAUGUAAUUACGCAAAAAACUGAAAAUUGUCAAAUAGCCACACUGUGUUCGGGAAAAAUUGUCGUUUUUGCCAAAUUUACCGAAUGGAAAUACUAUUCGGUUUUUAUUUCAAUUACCAGAAACGACCAACAAUUUCAAGAUGAACAAGCUGUUCAUUUUUUUGAUUCUGACAGUUCUACUGAUUUUGAGGUUUAUUUGAAAAGCAAAAUGACAAAUUACUUGAAAAUAGUUUUA